AUUGGGAUUCGGCAAAUUGGGUUUUGACGACGUGGGAAGUCGCGAUAAAAUAUACAGUGACCGCAAGUGCCACCAAAAAGGUAUUGACCGCAACAGUGCCGACCGCAUCUGUGCCGAUACGUCAAGCAUACGGCGGUGGCUCGAAGACGACAAUACACCGCAUGCCACGGUUGGCGCGUGUACAAGUUACAACGAAAAGAACGCCACAGGCAGUGAAACCGGCUCCGUUAUCACAUGGGGCUUUGGAAGACUAGCCGAUCGAGAAUAUUCACGAAUAACGUUCUAUGUACAAAAAACUUGGUAUAUCAUCAUGUAGAUAUUUAGGUGAAGUUGAUCCCGAAAAUAAACGUUGUCACAAAGAUGCAGUGAAGUUGGAAAAAAUUACAGCACCAUGUACAGCUUUUGUAUAUGAUGGAGUAACAUGUGAUGAAAACUAUUUAAUUGUUCCGUCUUAUUAUCCAAGGAAUAUAGACAUCAUAAAAGAGCUUGUAGAAUUUAGCACCAAUGUGUUUUUGUAUUAUGGUCAUAAAGACAUACAAGCUUGGUCUAAGGCACUUGAAAAUGGAAAUGAUUUUAAAGAAAUUCCAAAUAUGGAGAAAUUUGUUACCGAAUUUCCUGUGGCUGGAUUGAUUCUGAAAAAUAUUUUUUAUGAUUAUAAGAUUCCUCAAGAUUUUCAUAUUCCUGGCAAUUUCUACGUUAAUUUAGAAGCUUAUGUUAACGCAAUGAAAACUGCAAUUCCUAAUUUGAAAAUCGGGUUGCAUGUGGAAGCACUAAGCAUAAUGUUCUAUAGUAAUAAUUCAAUGUCUACAGAUUGGCUUGAUUUUAAUAUAUUAAACUAUGUUAUGGAUUAUUUUGUAAUUGGAUUCGAUAAGUUCAAUGUAUGUACUGAAGAUUUAUUAAUUGGCGGAGUUGUACCUUAUGAUUUAUCAGAUCCAAGUAAAAAUACGUUAGUUAAAUUUCAAGAUGCUUUAACUAAAUCUGCCAUUGCAAAGAAUAAAGUUUAUUUUGAAUUUUUAAUAAAUCCUACAGUGAAGGUAGAAAAAGAAAAAGAAUUUAUCCCAUGUGAAAUAUCAUAUAAUGAGUAUUGUGAAAAUCCUGAAUAUAAAGAAAUCAUGUGUGUCGAUUAUCAAAACGAUUUAUUCAAAAAAGGUCAAUUUGCUGGUAUAUUUUCAAAUGGAUUCAUAGCAAAGUUUAUAGAUUUAAUCGAUCGUGAUCUAAAAUGUGAAUGUAGUGGUGAUAAGUAUAUAGCGUUCAAUAUGAUGUUAAAUGGGUAUACUAAACAAGAUAUAUUAAUUUUUGUCCGAGAGCAACUGGGAUUUGGUAAAGAGGUACUGUCACAAGUGCUUUCAAAGCGAGAGGAAGAGGAACGUGAAAGGCAGCUACUAUUUAAUUGA